UACUUUUAUCAGACGCCUUUUAUCGCAAAAGCUAAUCUCUAGAAAGAGCAAGCAUAUAAACAAACUGGGAUGAAGAAUUGAUGGUUUUUGAUCGAAACCUAUACAAUUCCUAUUGUUUUAGAACAAAGCAAUUCCAAGAAACAGUUCCAUGUCUACGCAAAUAUUUGCGGUGCAAGUCGAGGAUCGUUCAUUACCUUAAAGGUCCACCUGUCUCUUGUGCAUUUUUGAAGACAAUAUUGAAUGUACAUUUAUUUUAUGCUGGAAUUAAAGUAUGUACUCAUGAUUGUGAACGGGGAAGAAUUAUCGCACCAUAUCGUUCGCAAUGUUAAGAUGGCAUGUGGAAUUGAAUCAUGGCCUAAAAUGAUGGCCUUUGCAAUUAUCUUUGUUUUACUGGUCCAGCAAAACAACUUUGUGAGCUCUCUUGAAUGUAUCAAAGAUUACGAUUCGCCGCAUCUGGAAAUCUUUACAGCCAAGCCAGCAUUUCCAGUAAAAAAUGGUUCCGACAAUAUCACGUUGACAUGUGUUGUUAGGCCAUUCGAGGAUGGUUACUUUGUUAGACACAGUUCUCUCACGGUUCUAAAAGACUCAAAUAAGGUGCAGGUGGCUAAAAUUGAUAAAUUUGCGUUGGUUGAAGGAAGUUACAAUCUAACCAUCUCUUUAAGAAGGUACAUUUUUGCAAACGAAACGUCAAUAUCUGUCACGUGUCUUGGAUCAAUGCUGAGUCGCAGCUGCGCUAACGUCACACAGAGGAUAAUUCUAUUCGAUAAAUCUGCAGGCAAAGGGUCAUCAGCUCCGUUCCUCAAGCACACUAAAUCUCACUCAUUGGGUAUCCAUGAAAUUAUUGGAAUAACCAUUGGUACUGUAGCCAUUGGUGCAGUUGCGGUUGUUUUACUCUUAAAAUGGAAAUUGAGCUCGAAAAAGCAAUCUGUAAAUAUGAGUUCAAAGUUGCUGUCACCAGAGUCAUUAGAAACUGCAUAAAUGCCGCAGUCAAGGAUCAGUUACGUUGAAACUACAGCAUAACCCGGCACAAAUUAUUUUUCGUUUACUAUAUUGUCAUUAUUUCACAACUUAGAUGACUUUAGAAGAACCCUGGACACCCAAUAGUCAAAAUCUACAUUCUAAUUGCAUAUUUCCAAAAGCAAUGUUACAGAGUCUUCGUUGUGGUCCUACAUCUCCUUAUCGAUCUCUUUUUCUUCAGUUAUUCUCUCAGUUUUCGUUUUACCGUUCAGUUGACUUUAUCCGUGUGGAGCUUCGCCUCAACACCUUUUUCAUUCCUUCUGUGAAGGAGCUUUCUCCGAUAAAACUCUUCAACAGCGUACUGAGAAGGCUUCCAUUAUAUCUUCUCCGCUUGUUAUCAUCCAUCCUCGCGCUUUUCCCAAAAAAAGAUAAAGUAUCAGCAUGUUGUCGAUGCUACAAGAAAAAAUUAAACCAAUAGAUAUGAUAAACCUAUGAAAUCCAUCCCUGGCAUAAUGACACCUUUUUCCCUGGAUAGUCAUAUGACAUUGACAACAUAACAUUACUCUCCAAUCAGAGCAAUUUAACUUUAUAAAUAGCAUUCAGUAAUUAAGACUGAAUUUCUUCAUAAACUCAAUCUUGGCUUAUCAAGUGUGGCCGAAAUUGAGGACUAGUGUGGCACAGCCCGUUGCAACCCUGAAAAUAUGCGUCUUUGUCCUCGUGUACACAUAGCUAUGACAAUACUGGGGAGGAAUGGAAGCACCUUCUUCGUUGUUCCCUUUUACUGCAAGUGCCCUUGUUUCCAGUCAGAGUAGAUGUACUUUUGAAAUUCAAUUCAGGGGCCAGCCCAGACCUAAAUGACAGCUCAAUCAGGAAUAUUUCUAAAACCUAUGAGUAAUUGAACAUCUUGCUUCGUUACCUCUAGCCACGUAGCCUCUUGUUAAAAAAUAAGUUGCAAAAUGAUGUUGUUUUUCGAGUAAUAUUAUAACACUGUAAUACAAAAGGCUUUUUGAGCUGUUAUUUAAUUGUCAAAUUUUGUACUAAAAUUCCGUUUUCGGGCUCCGACAGAGGUUGAAAAGUAAGGGGCCAGGGAAAAUUUAACACCAAUAACAACAGAUUUUGAAAAAGCUCUAUUUUUGCAAAAAAGCAAGGAAGCCAUAGCCCCCCAUCCCCACCGCCCUCCUUCGUCGGAGGCCCUGCACUUGUCUUUAAAAAUAGAGUGGAACUUGGUGGGACCAAGGCCUGUUCACUGUUUUUCGUUACGUUUAAAAGAUAUUUUGAUACUCCUAAUAUUUAAUCUAAUGUUUUUCUACAAGUGUUGCUGUAGUAGCUAUUUAGAAGUAAGUAUUUUAUUUGCUACAGAUUCUCAAUUAGAUGAAAUUUUUAUAAAA